CCUUUUACCCUAUCUGAAUUCCAAUAUUGAGUUCUAUGUCUUUUUUGUUUUGAGGUUUUUCUUUUAUACUUGGCAAGCUGAAAGAGUUGCUUUGAAAUAAUGAACUUUCACUGCCAUUCAGAGCAGUGAGCAUCUAAAGAUCUAUCUGCACAACAUGUAUGUUCAGUUGUGAAUAGAAGCUUCUCUUUUCCCCAAAUCAACGAUGGCUUUCUUGUUUCACAAAUUUCAAGAGGCUGUAAAAACACUUGCAAAAAGCCCUACUUUUGCUAGGGAUCCAAGGAAGUUACAGUUUGAUGCUGACAUUAACCGCUUGUUCCUUUACACAAGCUACAAUCUCUUGGGGAAGAAUGCUGAAGAAGCAGAUGCAGAGGAGAUUAUUGAAAUGGCCGACAAAGCCUCUGUUGAGGUUCAACAGAUGCAGGUGCAAGAAAAUGUCCACUUUCAAAUAAAGUCAUUUAGCACAUCCAUGGAUAAAAUUCUUCUUCGGAAUGAAAAGGGGGUGAAUGAUCCUCUUGAGUUAUCUCGACAAGAAAAUGCCUUGCCUCACUGUGACAGGCAUAGCGUUAGUUUGGGUAGCAAAGACCCACCUACUGACAAUCUUGCUGUCCCUAGACAAAGAUCAUUAAGCCUAGCUGAAGUUUCAAAGAGACUAAAGGAUCAAGUUGGCUACCAACUUAAUGUUAAACCUUCUCAAAUAUCUCACAAGGAUGCUGGUCAAGGUCUAUUUUUAGAUGGUGCAGUGGAUGUUGGUGCUGUGGUAGCCUUUUAUCCUGGUGUAGUCUACUCUCCAGCUUAUCAUCAAUAUAUUCCCGGAUACCUUGAUGAGCAGAACCCUUAUUUGGUCACAAGACAUGACGGGAAUGUCAUUGAUGCCCAACCUUGGGGCUCUGGGGGCGACGAACAAGAAUUGUGGAGUGGUAGAAAAAUGGUAGUUAACAAGCCUGAUAUGGAAGGAUCCCAAGUAGAUAACACUGAUAAUUUUCUUGAGCGUAGAAACCCAUUAGCCUUAGCUCAUUUCGCUAAUCACCCUGCAAAAGGAAUGCUUCCAAAUGUCAUGAUUUGCCCUUACAACUUUCCAUUAACUGAAAGCAGCAUGAGAGUUUACAUCCCUAAUGUAUUAUUUGGAAAUACUGAAGUAAAUACGAAGGCAUUUGGCAACUUUUGGUUCAAAUCUGGAGUUCCAAGAAAUGGUGAAUCACAUGUCCCUACUCUGAAAACUGUUGUUUUGGUAGCAACUAGGGCUCUUCAAGAUGAGGAGCUAUUCCUUAACUACAGGCUAAGCAACUCUAAGCAGCUGCCAGAGUGGUAUAAUCCAGUGGAUGAAGAAUACUAGAAUAGGACAUUAGAAGAUGGAUCCAGUCAAUGGCUAUCAAGACCAAAUAGUUUCCAUGGUUAUUCAGAAUAUCUGUAUUUUAUUUAUUUAUUAUUUUUCGGCUUUAUGAAGGCAUAUUUUGUUUCUAUGUUGUCUCAAAAACACACACUAGUAAAAUUCAUGAUUUUGAUACUAUCUAUAUAUUAAGAACUAGUAU